AGAGAGAAGAGAGGAGAGAGAAGAAUAGGAGGAGAUUGAGAGAAAGUGAGAAGAGAGAAGAGAGAAGAGAGAAGAUGGCGUCGAACGCAGUAGGAGGAGGAGCGGUGCCGUUUUGGAGGGCAGCGGGGAUGACGUACAUAACGUAUUCGAACAUAUGCGCGAAUCUGGUGAGGAAUUGCCUUAAGGAACCACACAAGACCGAAGCCAUCUCUCGCGAGAAGGUUCAUUUCACUCUCUCUAAAUGGGUCGACGGCAAGCCCCAAAAACCUACUAUUCGUUCGGACACCCCGGAGCAUUGAUUCGGAAUAGUUGGAAGCUUUGGAUGCAUAAAUCUUUGAGCUGCUAAGUUGAUUGUUAUUUUGAACCUUCCUGUGGUUUUCUAUGUUUAACUCCUUUGUUUUUUUCUGUCCAUGAUAAGGCACAUGCAUUGGAUUUUGCAUUUGCAUGGUUAAUCUUGUAAUAAUUGACGUUUAAACAUAUGAUUUUAAACGAAAUGAUGAGUGGUUGUGUAA